GUGUUGCGUCGGCCGUUGACGCUGGCGGUCGUGUGCGCGCGCGGAUGGAUUUCACUGGGAAAGUUGUCAUUGUCACCGGAGCUAGUUCUGGCAUUGGUGCUGCGAGUGCUAAAAUAUUCGCCGAACAUGGCGCUCUACUCACAAUCGUCGGACGAAACGAGGGGAGACUGCUCGAGGUGGCUAGAAUUUGUGAAACAAGAGGACCCAGACCGUUAUGUUUACUCUUAGACUUGACUUUGGAUAAUAGUUGUGAAGAAGUCGUUAGAAAAACAGUCGAAACAUACAAAAGGCUCGACGUGCUUGUUAACUGUGCUGGAAAGUUGACUGUUACAUCUCUGUUUGACACGACUAUGGAAAUUUUCGAUGAACUGGUCGCACUGAAUCUUCGUGUCCCUUACAAACUGACGCAACUCUGUUUACCGCAUUUGAAGAAAACGAAAGGGAAUGUGGUGAACGUAUUCAGCGCUCCAAUGAGAUCGAGACCUGGAUUUUUACCAUUCCACAUGAUAAGAGAUGCUUUAGAGAGAUUCACGAAAUCUGGAGCAUUAGAAUUAGCAUCUGAAGGUGUCAGAAUGAACGCAGUUCGCCCAGGUAUCACAAGGACCAAUUUCCUUAAGAAUUUCAAUAUAGACGAUGAAGCUAUAGACCAGACAUAUGACAGUAUUUCUAAAUUAGUACCAAAUCGUGUUAUUAUUGAGCCAGAUGAGAUUGCCAAAAUGAUAUUAUACACCGCAAGUGGAACAUGCCCCAAUUUGAGCGGGUCAAACGUAAUAGUUAACGGAGCUGCAGAUCUUUAGUACAAAUAUUUGUAUCUUUAAAGGAACUAUAAAUAGAUUUUCUCAAACAAACAAUGUACUAAUGACACAAGAAAGUUAAUUGGUUAUUAAUGGUUGCGGGUACCGAAUAUAUUACAACCGGAAAACUGCGUAUGAGUGAGGUGACAGUGUGUUUUGUUGUGUUUUUUAUUUAAAAAUAAAGACUGAAUUCAUUGAGAUAGAA